CGCAUUUUCCCUCCAAGCCGCGGCAAGCCCUUAUUCCCUGUCGUAUCAUCUCCUCUGUAUAAUCUGCACAACUCGAGCUGAAUCCGCUGCUCUUCCAUGGCAGAUUGACAGAUUCCUCCCCGACAUAGCCAUUCCCAGCUGAACAGUAAGAUCUCUGUUUUUAGGGUGUCCUUCCUUCCGUGAUUUUGCAGUAGAAUGGCUAGUGCGGGGGAAGACGGCUCUCAGUUCGACUGCUCCAAGGAGGAAAUGGACAAGCUUGUCGCGGAAGUUAUCCGCUAUGUGCUGUUCAAGACGCAUCAGAACUCGGGGUGCCCGAUCAAGAGAGAGGAGCUCACUCAGAUCGUCACUAGAAACUACCAUAAUCGCAGCCUCCCUGCGGCUGUGAUCAAUGAGGCUCGACAGAAGUUUUCGAGCAUUUUCGGGUACGAGCUUAAGGAGCUUCAGAGGUCCCGUCCUUCGUCCACGGCUCAGCCUCGCUCUUCACAACAGAGUGUUGCUGAUGCAAGGUCAUAUAUUCUGGUCAGUCAGUUACCUGCUGCUGUAUAUAAGAAAUAUGUCGAAGAUGGGACUAAGGCCCACCUGACUAGUCUAACUUUUGUUGUGAUUGGUAUUGUGCAUCUUGCGGGAGGCAAAAUCUCUGAAGAAACUUUAUGGCACCAUUUGAAGAAACUAGGAUUGCAUGAGAAUGAUGAGAAUCACGCUGAAUUCGGAAAUGCGAAACAGGCAUUGGAGGCCCUUGUUCAGCAAAGGUAUUUGCAGAAGGACAAAGUAGUUGGCCCGGAAGGCAGCGUAAUCUUUUAUGAGCUUGCUGAAAGAGCAUUGGAUGCAAGUGUAAGCGGGAAGAUCAAAGAAUACAUAUCGCAGAUUGUGAGGAGUGAUCUUCCUUCUGAGGAUGUUGCCUAGCAGCCAGAAUCAACUCAAAUUUUGGCAAGUUGGGGCUUGGAUUCAAGUUCUUGUUUUCUCGACUAAUUCUAACCUUGUGGUUUCAUAACUGGCCUGUAAUGCUGAAUAUUCUAUCCGUGUAGUUAGCUAAAUGAUGGGUUUCAACGACACUGACUAACGAACUCACCGAACUGGUCUUGGUGCAUAUGAGCAGCUCAUCUUGUUUCGUGAUUUCGUCCUUGUCUUGGGGGUUCUCUCUCACAUUUUCCUCCCCAUGUAAAAAUUUCUGCAAGAUUCCCAUAUUACUGCUGUUGGUUUAA